CACUAACAGCAGAAAAACAGUCCAUUCCUUCAGUCACUCUUUCAUCCACUAGUUCAUUCAUUUCCUCCAACUGAAUCACUUUCCUUGAAGAAAACAUAUCAAGAUGCACUUCUUGUCCGCUCUUUCCAUCUUCGCCUUCUCUGCUGUGGUCGCCGCAGACGGCGGUUACUCCGGUAGCUGCAAGGACCCUAUGCCCAUGUAUUCCGGAGAACCCAUCUUGGACAUUGAAUGCGCCGGAACGGAUGAUAACGGAGAUUCUUUCUACGAACGAACCAUGCUGGAUUUGAACGAUUGCUACGCUGUCAUUGAGGACGCUUCUAUUGUCCCUCGAAAGAACGGUGGCAUGGGAGGCCGAUGCGAGAUGUGUGACGUUAGCUGGGAUGGCACAUUGUCGUGCUUCUGUCAGGACGGCUCGGGCGACCGACACCUGGUGGAUGUGGAUUUGAACGGCGCUAUUCGCAACGUCAACGGACAUCUUCACUGUGAUGUUGACGAUGGAGGCGUGGACUCCGAGUGUGUCGGUGGAUGGUCCGGAGAUAUCGACUGCGAUGAUCUCUAGUUAUCGGGAUAGACACAUCCACUAUUUGGCAGUUAAAUGGCAUCGUCUCCGUUCCUGGCUACCUUGUGUGUUCAUUAUCAAGCUUCUGACUGCGUCGGGGUGCAUCAUGUAAUAACUGGGUAAUCGCCUUCCUUCGAAACCGAUUCUUGUUGGCGCA